AUGGAAGGGAGCCGGCCCGCCGGCGAUGCUUCCGAGAGCGAGCAGAUUCCCCUUGCAGGGUCCAGGAGGUCUCGCAGGCAACGUCUCCGCGAGCACCUGGCCACCCUGUACAUGUGGGUCACGGUGAAAUCGGAGCCGCCGAAAUCCGGUGGCCCGACAGAGCCUGAAGCUGAAGCAAGGCCGGCCCCCCUGCCGGCCUCCCUGCCCUCCCUGCCCUCCCUGCCGGCCUCCCCCGUCUCUGCACAACCCUGCUCUCCGCCAGCGUCGCCGACAUCGCAGGAUCCCGAAGCGCUGUGGCAAGACCUCUGGGAGUCCGUCAGUGCCAAUGGCUUCCGAGAAGGUGAACGAAGUGCCAUGUCCAAUGCACUGGAGAUGUGGCGGCGCUCGCCGAGUGCAAGCAAGGGUCUUUGGUCCAGACUCGCCCGAGCUGAGUCUUCGCAGCAUCGGGAUUGGGAGAGAGUGAGCAAAGCGGUGCGUGCCGGGAUCCCGCCGGCCUUGCGCUGUGCAGUUUGGAGCACCUGCAGUGGUGCCAUCGGAAAGAAGAGCCAAGUUGCCUCUGAGCUGGGUGAAAUGCCCGACUCAUUGUAUCCGUCCUUCGCAUCACAGGGCUCGAGCUUGCAGAACGAAGCCUCGCUCGUCAUCGACGUUGAUGUCCCACGUACUGGAUGCGCUGAGGCCCUUCUGGAACCAUUACGACGCGUCUUGCUGGCCUUUGCUUUCAAGAACCCGCAAAUUGGCUACUGCCAGUCCAUGAACUUCAUCGUAGCGGCCCUGCUCGAGCAUUGUGACGAGGAGAGUGCCUUCUGGAUUUUCUGCAGCCUAGUCGAGGACAUGCUCCCAGAGAAUUACUACACACGGAACAUGAUCGGCGUUCGUGUCGACAUGCUUGUGCUGAAUUCUCUUGUCAAGAGCUACCUGCCAACACUCCACGCGCAUCUGGUUGAACAUGAAGUUGACCUUGCCCCAUUCACCAUGGGCUGGUUCUUAUGCUUGUACGUCAACACGCUGCCGAGUCCAAGCCUGCACCGGGUGCUUGACUGCCUGUUACACGAGGGCUCCAAGGUUCUCUUUCGAACCGCCCUCUCCAUCCUCCGGCUCUUGGAAUCUUGUUUACUCGAUGUCCGAAGCAUGGCGAAAGUCUACGAGAUACUGCGCAGCCCGACAUGCCCAGAGGAUGACCUGCUGAACACGAUGCACGGCUUGUGGUUACGCAGCUUUUCCAUGGAUGUGAUCAUGGAGCUUCGACGUCAGCAUUUGAAAGACGUCCUCGAACAGGAUGCCAUCGUCGAGGCUCGGCGCGCCGAGCUGCGGGCGCGCCGCGAGAACGAGGGCCAAGGCCCCGUCGCACCGGACAGCGAUGAGUCCUUGUCUCCGCUGCAAAACUUGGAAAGCUUCUUGAAAGUGGUAGACCGCGAGCACAGCGAUGCCGAUACGGAGCUGCGCGGCUGUGAGAUGCAGAAAAGCGUAGCGAUGGUCUUGCAGGGCAUGGAUGGAACUGCAGGUGUGAGUUUCUUUUCAGCGCGGGCACAAUGGGUCAACGUGGAUCAACAUGAAGCGAUUAGUCAGGCGAGGAGUCUUGUUUUUGCCUUUUUUCUUUGCGUUUUGUGUGUGGAUUUGCAUGGCGUGCGGGCAGGUUUCCCGAAAAAAAGAUGGCUCCUGCGGCGCGCGGCAGAGAACGUGGUCAGUGCGCCAAGGCCCGGGUCUCUCAUCGAGCGCGUUUCCCCACCAUUCCUCACCAUUCUCCCUGGUGAGCCUCCCUCGGGUCUCACUAGCAUGCCACAAUAUCCCACAACAUCCCACAACAUCUUCCCUUUCAGCACUUCGUGUUGCCACCAGGGCGUCCUCGCCACUCUGCUAGUCGCGACCCUGUGGGCAGCCAGCAGUGCCAUCACAUUCGUAGCUGGGGGAAUUCGAAGUACAUCGACCACUCGUAACCUCGUGGCGCGUGAGGGUGGUCGUGACUGGAACACGGGCAAUGUCAUGAAGAAGAUUGAUUUCAAGGCAGCAGCGGCACAAGCGCAAGCGCGCAAGAGCAAGAAGGAUGCAAUGAAGGGUGAUAAGAAGAAGGCCGUUGUGGAGCGACCCAAGCGCUUUGAGUCCAGUCCUGUCUACUACAAGGGAGAGCAGGUCGCGGUGCUCAAUGGCACUGUGUCCGAAUACAAGGUUGAUAUCUGGAGUGGUGCCCACCCAGCUUGGAAGGGCCAGAAGGGCAAGGUUCUGCUGGACAACUCUGCGCUUACGAAGUUCCAGGAGAAGUUCGGUAUGGCCGCUGAUGUCUACGGUGAGCAAGGAAUGGAACAGGUGAAGGCAAACGAGGAGCUGAAGAAGAAGCAGGAGGAGAUGGCCGCACAAGGUCUGAAGGUGUACUAA